AUGGAAGAGACCUGGGCGGAUUGGGGGGGGGGGGGAGGACGUGGACUUGGACUUGGGACUUGGGACUUGACACCAAGGACCGUGUCAAGUCAAAAAGGACUGGCGGCAGCAGCAGCAGCAAAGCACACAGAAAGCCAAAGGGCGAUGGGAAAGAACAGUGAGGACCAGGAGGGGGAGACAGGGAAGGGGAAGCCUAAGGUAAAGCUGAAAGGCGACCGGGAGAAAUUUUCUGUGGCGCGGGCCUUCUCAAGUUUCCUCAAGGUGCACCCGAACUAUUUUUUUUGGGCGGGCGCGCAUCAAAGAGACGAAAGGGACGGGGCGGCGACGGCCAAAGUCAAGGGAAGGACCUGA